UUAGGACUUUCAAAGACGGUUCUUCUUCUUCUUCCUCGCUCUCCGCCGCUUAAAGCUCUCGACCUCUCUACGAAAAAACCUCUCUUGCGCUAGCUUCGUCGAGUCUCUCUGUUUAGAUUAAUCGUUUUGUUUUCGAUUCUAUCUCAUCGAGUUGAUCGCGGUAACAUAGAAACCCUAGCUCCGCGUGAUUGUUCUGUCGCACAUAUGAAACCAACGUCGUGUGAGAGAAUGGGUCGAGACAACGAUCAGAAGAAGGAUAAGAAGAAGAGAAAGAGAAGCCAUGAGAAUGAGAAGAGUAUUGAGAAAGUUGUAGCUAACGAAGAGAAGAAAGUCCCAACCCAGCCGAAACAGCAACAACAAGGACAACAAGGGAACGAGAAAGUCCCAACCCAGCAGAAGCAGCAGAAUCAGCAACAAGGGAACUGUAAUCAAAGCAAGAAGAAGAAGAACCAAGAAGUUUACCCUUUUGGAAACUACAGAAACUACUAUGGCUACCGAAUUAGCAGUGACACGGAUGAGGAUCCUCGGCUUAAAGUAUUGAAGAAAGAAUGGUUUGAAGGCAAAGACUGUCUUGACAUUGGCUGCAACAGCGGCAUUAUGACUAUUCAUAUUGCUAAAAAGUUUGGUUGCCGGAGCAUUCUUGGAGUUGAUAUUGAUUCAAGUCGUAUUGAGGAUGCUCACUGGCAUCUUAGGAAGUUUGUCAGAAUGCAGAAUUCUGCUAAGUCAAGUGAAAAGGAACCUAGUUCAAAGAUUGCAGAUAGAGCACAUGGUUCAAUGGAGCAAUCUACUUCUCUCUCCAAUGGCGAGGUGAAGGCAGACAUCCCAGAAACUAAAGACCUGUCUCAGAUUGUGUCCUUUCAGAAGGAGAAUUUUGUUCUAACCCGAAAUCUCGACGAUAAUCGUUAUGAUACAAUUCUAUGUUUAAGUGUGACAAAAUGGGUUCAUUUGAAUUGGGGUGAUGAUGGUUUGAUCACCUUAUUUUCAAAAAUUUGGCGUCUUCUUCAACCGGGUGGUAUCUUUAUAAUGGAACCUCAGCCUUGGAAAUCGUAUGAAAACAAUCGUCGUGUCUCAGAGACAACUGCGAUGAAUUACCGAAAGAUUGUUUUACGUCCUGACCGUUUCCAAGAAAUUCUUCUUGAUAAGAUUGGUUUCAGAACAGUAGAAGAUCUUACAUCAAGCUUGUCCGGUGCAAGCAAAGGGUUUGAUAGACAGAUUCUUGCGUUCCAGAAAUGACCAGUUGCGUCGCUGAGUUUUUGAAAGGCCUUGUGAAAAUCAAAUUAAUAUGGAACGGCAUGGUUAUAUUUCGUUUCAUAUCUAAUAUGUAAACUAUUUUUCGCUACAGCUUAGGCUCUCUAAUCCAAUUCUUUUGGUCCUCUUUUUGUACACGGUUUUUAAUGAUAAUGACACAAAUCUUUGAAUCGAUAAA